AUGGCCUCAAAAAGAAACAAAUUGAGCAGAGGCAAGCCAACAUCUUUAUUUCGAGAUGAUGAAUCUAACCACGAUCCAUAUUCUGACGAUGAUGGUGAAUAUGGUUCAGACCACAAUUACGAGCCCGCUGAUAAAGGUGAAGAUAACAGCAGUGACUACAGUGAAAUUUUCGAUGUUCAUAGAAGUCGCUUUGAACGGAAUAGACGGUCUGAAAGCGAGAAGUCGUAUCGUAGUUCUGCUGGCGAUCAAAGCGAUAAUGGCGAGCAGUUAGACCAGAAUUCUGUUAAUGAAAGAAGCUUUGAUGAAACCGAACGUGAUUCCGACAUAAGCGAUUGUAGUAUUUUCGAUCACCAUCAAAUUCAAGUAGCAGGGAAUGAGAAAGAAAGCAGCGUUCAAAGGUAUGAAAGUCAAGAGAACAAUGCUGUUAGAAAUCAUAAAGAUAACAAUGAUAUUCACUUACAACAAAAUUAUGAGCUACCGGAAUAUAGAAAUCAACAAGACGAAGAAGAAAUAAGAAUGAGUCUGGAGAUUAAUGAGGUGAUUGGUGUUCAAUUUCCAAAAAUUCAGGAGCCUUCUCAGGAUAGAAGAGGAGAAAAAAAACUUACAGCCCGAAUGAGAGAGGAGCUGAAUGAUGUGGUUCAAGAUCAAUCUCCACAAAAUCAAGCACAAUCUCAGGCAAAUUUAAAUGAGGCUGGACCGAGCAGAAGAAGAAGUUCAGUAAAUACAGUACGUCGAGGGACUCCUCCACCAAAUGACACAAUUUGGGAAGAUACUGUCUCAAAUAUUGCUUCUAUUGACUUUAGAUCUCCAGAGAAAGGCCCGCCAUUUGAAGUUCAUGAAAAUACCACAUGCGAGGAAGUAUUUGACAAUUUAUUUACCACAGAGAUGAUAGAGUAUUUGGUUGAACGAACAAAUUCCUAUGGAGCUGCUCUUACCAAAACAAAUAGGCCACAUACACGUCAUGCACGCAAUGCUGCCUUUCGAGCAACAAAUCCUGAAGAGAUGAAAAAAAUUUUUAGGUCUUACUUUAUUAAAUGGUCACAUUCGUAUUCCACAACAAAGGAAACUUUUUACAUAUGA